AAUAAAAGGCUGAGAGGUUUGGUUCAAUUAUCCACACGAUAUUUCCCUCUCAGUACUCUCAGACGAUGGAGCAGCUCUGUAGUAAAUGAAUCAGGACUGAAAUUAUCGAAAUAGAUAAAUAAGCGAACAAAAAUGUCCUUCAUUUUAAAGUCAUUUGCUGCAAAUUCCUCUGUAUCAACUCCCAGAGAAGCCACUAUUGCCAUGAUGCAGAGCUCUUCGUAUACAGUCUUGUCGCAAAGAACUUGCUCAUCUUUUAGGAGAACAGCUUCUGUUAAAUUAUUUGAUUUCAAAGGAAGCUCGUCGGUCAGAGUCUUCUCUUUCUUAAAUAUGACGCGUUAUUCAACUUACUCAGGUGAUGAGUUUUGUUCUUCUUCAAAGCGAAGAUCACGAGGACCUGUUAUGGCUGCAAAGAAAGCAGCUGAAGGGCAAAAGCAAGAAGAGGGAAAGUACAAGCACACAGUUGAUUUGCCGAAAACAACUUUUGGCAUGAGAGCUAAUGCUUUGGUUAGGGAGCCUGAAAUUCAGAAAUUAUGGGAUGCCCAUCAGGUUUUCAAGAAGGUUGCUGAUAACAAUGAUGGGGGAAAUUUUGUUCUUCAUGAUGGUCCUCCAUAUGCCAAUGGAGACCUUCACAUGGGCCAUGCUCUGAAUAAGAUAUUGAAGGAUAUCAUUAAUCGUUAUAAGCUUCUCCAAAAUUAUAAAGUUCAUUAUGUGCCUGGUUGGGACUGUCACGGCCUCCCAAUUGAGUUGAAAGUUCUGCAGUCAUUGGAUCAAGAUGCCAAAAAGGACCUCACACCAACAAAGUUAAGAGCAAAGGCUGCCAAAUUUGCCAAAGCAACAGUCAAAGCUCAGAUGGCAUCUUUUAAGCGCUAUGGAGUAUGGGCAGACUGGAAUAACCCUUAUCUAACUCUCGAUCCUGAAUAUGAGGCUGCACAGAUUGAAGUGUUUGGCCAGAUGGCCCUUGAAGGGUAUAUAUAUCGGGGCAAGAAACCAGUUCACUGGAGUCCUUCAUCACGUACUGCUCUUGCAGAGGCUGAAUUGGAGUAUCCUGAGGGACAUGUUUCAAGAAGCAUAUAUGCCAUUUUCAGGAUAUUGAGUGCAUCUCCAACUUCUGAUGGCUUAUUAAAAGAAUUCUUUCCAGAUUUGUGCUUGGCCAUAUGGACAACAACUCCAUGGACUGUCCCAGCAAAUGCCGCUGUUGCAGUGAAUGCCAAACUUCAAUAUGCAGUUGUUGAAGUACAAUCCUUGGAAGGUGUUUCCGUGAUCCCUGAAAAUAAAGAGAAAAGGAUUGGAAAUGUUCUUAAGGAACAGAAGAAGCUUUUCAUUAUUGUAGCAUCUGAUCUUGUGCCCACAUUAGAAGCAAAAUGGGGCACAAAGCUUGUUGUCAAGAAAACAUUGUUGGGUUCGGAUCUUGAAAACUGCAGGUAUGCUCACCCAAUAGAUAACAGGGAGUGCCCAGUUGUCAUUGGAGGAGAUUAUAUUACUACUGAAUCAGGAACUGGACUGGUGCAUACAGCUCCUGGUCAUGGUCAGGAGGAUUUUGUGACUGCCCUGAAGUACGGACUACCUAUACUGUCUCCUGUAGAUGAUGAUGGAAAGUUUACUGAGGAAGCUGGACGGUUCGGUGGGCUUCAUGUACUUGGAGAUGGAAAUGGUGCUGUUGUGAACUAUUUGGAUGAACAAAUGUCCAUUAUCAUGGAAGAGUCAUACAAGCACAAAUAUCCAUAUGAUUGGCGAACUAAAAAGCCCACUAUAUUCAGGGCAACUGAGCAAUGGUUUGCAUCAGUGGAAGGAUUUCGCCAGGCUGCUAUGGAUGCAAUUGGCCAAGUAAAGUGGAUCCCUCCUCAGGCAGUAAACAGAAUUUCUGCGAUGACUUCGAGUCGCUCUGACUGGUGCAUAUCAAGACAAAGAACAUGGGGAGUUCCUAUUCCAGUCUUUUAUCAUGUGGAAUCAAAGGAACCUCUUAUGAAUGGAGAGACUAUUGAUCAUAUCAAGUCUAUAAUAUCUCAAAAGGGCAGUGAUGCAUGGUGGUACAUGACUGUAGAGGAUCUACUUCCUGACAAAUAUCGUGCUAAAGCAUCAGACUAUGAGAAGGGAACUGAUACAAUGGAUGUCUGGUUCGACUCUGGUUCUUCUUGGGCUGCUGUGUUGGGAAAAAGAAAUGGCCUUGGUUUUCCUGCGGAUUUGUACCUUGAAGGUACAGACCAGCAUCGUGGAUGGUUCCAGAGUUCUUUGUUAACAUGUAUUGCAACUAAAGGAAAGUCUCCAUAUUCAAGUGUUGUAACACACGGAUUUGUAUUGGAUGAAAAGGGUUCUAAGAUGAGCAAAUCGUUGGGUAAUGUUGUAGAUCCACAAAAGGUGAUUGAGGGGGGGAAAAACCAAAAGGAAGCACCUGCCUAUGGAGCUGAUGUUUUGCGACUCUGGGUUUCAAGUGUGGAUUAUACAGGUGAUGUAUUGAUUGGCCCUCAGAUUCUCCGUCAAAUGUCUGACAUAUACAGAAAGCUUCGAGGAACACUGAGAUUCCUUUUGGCCAAUCUGCAUGAUUGGAGUGUUGGUAAUUCUGUUUCAUAUGAUGAUCUUCCCAUUAUUGAUCAGUAUGCCCUAUUUCAACUUGAAAAUGUUGUGAAGAACAUAAAAGAGAGUUACGAAAACUAUCAGUUUUUUAAAAUUUUCCAGAUUAUACAAAGGUUUGUCAUUGUUGAUUUGUCGAAUUUCUAUUUCGACGUUGCCAAAGAUCGACUUUAUGUUGGGGGAACAACAAGUUUUACUAGAAGAAGUUGUCAAACAGUUCUCUCUGCGCAUCUCCUUUCCAUUGUUAGGGUAAUUGCUCCAAUUCUGCCACAUUUGGCUGAAGAUGUGUGGCAAAACCUCCCCUUUCAGUAUACUCUUGAAGAUGGUUCUACUGCUGAAUUCGUUUUUGAAUCAAAAUGGCCCAUGUUGAAUGAAAGAUGGCUUGCUUUCCCUGUUGAAGAAAUUGAUUUCUGGGAAAAAAUUCUUGAGCUGAGAACAGAGGUAAAUAAAGUGCUGGAGGUUGCUCGUACAGGGAAGUUAAUCGGUUCAAGUUUAGAGGCAAAGGUUUAUCUACAUACGGGCGAUGCUAGUCUGGCUUCUAGAUUGCACGAAAUGUGUGCAGCUAAAACCGAUGCAGAUACAUUGCAACGUAUAUUCAUAACAUCUCAGGUAGAGGUGAUUCCGUCAAUGGCGAUUGAACUGAUUGAGAAAAUUCCUUAUUCCGGAGAGUAUCUCAUUCAACAAAAGGAUAGGGUUUGGAUUGGUGUCUCAUAUGCAGAGGGCUUAAAAUGCGAAAGAUGUUGGAAUUACUCUCCGCAAGUUGGAUCAUUUGUAGAACACCCCACACUCUGUGGUCGCUGUUAUAAUGUUAUUGCUGUUCAACCACUUCCUUCUAUGGCAGCUGUCAGCUGAGAGUUGGAAGUGUUGAGGAACUGAAAACCAUUUAAUCCGGUACCUGAAAGAUUUAACCGGUUUGUUCAAUAUAUAAAGCUUCAAGCCUUCAACGUCGAUUUGGAGUUCAUUUUUGGCAGCAAUUGAGAUUGAAAGUUGACAUUGACAGCGGGGGUGGAGAAUACCUUAUACGAGCCAGAUCUACUCAGGUGAUCAUAGACAAAUAAUGAACAUAUAAUAUAAGGUAUUAAGCUAUCAGAUUCUCAGAAUCCCAAAUUGUAAAAACUCCAAUUUCAUUCUUUACUUAUAAACCAUUUUUGCAUUUACAUACUAGCGGAAAAGAAGAUAUGAAGGGGUGCCAAUCAAAAUUAUUGUUUUCUUUUUUA